AUGCUUCUUCUCUUCUUGCUUGUCCACCGUUGUUUUCUCCCGUUACUCGACGCUAUAUCCGUGAAUAGAAACACUGCAGUCAUCACAAACAACUUCUCAUCUCCCUACGCCCUUACCUCCUCGUUUCUCUCUCUCUCUCUCUCUCUCUCUCUCUCUCUCUCUCUCUUCUGUCUUUCCUAUUUUUAUUUUCCUCUCUUUCUUUCUUUCUUUCUUUCUUUUUCAAUCAAUCCCUUCUUUUCUCUAUGGCACUAUCAUUUCUUUCCUUUCGUCUUUUCUACUCUCUUUCUUUCUUUUCAAUCCAUUCAUUCUUUUCUAUAUUGCCCUAGUCUUUCUUUCUUUUCUUCUUUUCUACUUUUCUUUGUUUCUUUCUUUCUUCAAUCAAUUCUUUCUCUUCUGUCUUGCCCUAGUUUUCUUACCUUUCUCCUUUUCUACUAUUCUUUCUUUCUUUCUUUCUUUCUUUCUUUCUUUCUUUCUUGCUCCAGUCUUUCUUUCCUUUCUUUUUUUCUACUAUUCUUUCUUUCUUUUUUGUAUUGCCCUAGUUUUCUUCCCUUUCUUCUUUUCUACUGCUUUUUCUUUCUUUUUUUCUUUCUUCAAUCAAUUCUUUCUCUUCUGUCUUGCCCUAGUUUUCUUCUCUUUCUCCUUUUCUACUAUUCUUUCUUUCAUUCAUUCUUUCUUUCUUUCUUCAAUCAAUUCUUUCUUUUCUGUAUUGCCCUAGUUUUCUUCCUUUUCUUCUUUUCUACUGCUUUUUCUUUCUUCCUUUCUUUUUUGUAUUGCCCUAGUUUUCUUCCCUUUCUUCUUUUCUACUAUUCUUUCUUUCUUUCUUUCUUUCUUUCUUUCUUUCUUUAUUGCUCCAGUCUUUCUUUCCUUUUUUUUUCUACUAUUCUUUCUUUCUUUCUUUUUCAGUGA